UUAUGGUCCCAGUUAACGCCGGGUUCUUUUAGGGGUGUUAGUCUUUGGCUUCGCUGCUGAAGGAGAGACCUGCAACGAGUUGUGCUGUGUCCCUAGUAACCGUCGCUGUAGAGUGGCAGAAGGUGAAUAGAGCCUUAAUUGCAAGUUACUUCAAGAACUUAACAUCCUGAGUGGAAGUGACCAGUGAGUGACGGAGUUAAGUCGGCCUGUUUGGCGUCUUGCCCCACUGGCCGGUCCUGUCCUUAGUUGGUUGAGGCGAAGUGGUGCGUGAUUACAGGCUGGCAGACACCAUGGGCAACUCAGACAACGAGGAAGCUGUGCGUGAGUGUGAGCGGCGUGUGGUGACUCCUGAUGAUGCAGAUGACCUGAGCCCAAUGCCGACGCACAUAGCCACCAACACCACGAGGCGGGGCGCCAUUUCUGCUGAACCACUGUCGGAAGAUGACGCCACUUCUUACGUUAAAAAAGUGGUGCCCAAAGACUACAAAACUAUGGCUGCUCUUCAGAAGGCUAUAGGAAAGAAUGUUCUCUUUGCCCAUCUGGAUGAAAAUGAGCGGUCCGACAUCUUUGAUGCCAUGUUCCCCGUCAAUGCCCUGCCUGGGGAGGUGAUAAUCCAGCAGAAUGACGAGGGUGACAACUUCUACAUCUUAGAUCAGGGGGAGGUGGAGAUUUUUGUUGAUGGUGAACAUGUUACAAGCAUUGCUGAUGGAGGAAGUUUUGGAGAGUUGGCUCUCAUCUAUGGGACUCCUAGGCAAGCAACUGUGAAGGCAAAAACUGAUACUAAGUUGUGGGGCAUUGACAGAGACUCAUACAGACGUAUCCUUAUGGGCUCAACCAUCAGGAAACGCAAAAUGUAUGAAGAAUUCCUCUCUAAAGUCUCCAUUCUUGAGUCACUGGACAAAUGGGAGCGCCUGGUGGUGGCUGAUGCCCUGGAGCCUGUAUCCUUUGAGUCUGGCUCCACCGUGGUGCGGCAGGGAGAGCCAGGCGAUGACUUCUACAUCAUUGUAGAAGGAACCGCUGUGGUGAUGCAGGCCCGCUCCCCAUCUGAGGAGCCUGUAGAGGUUGGGAGGCUGGGAACCUCUGAUUACUUUGGUGAAAUUGCUCUAUUGCUUGAUCGACCCCGAGCUGCCACAGUCAUAGCAGACGGUCCUUUGAAAUGCGUCAAGCUGGACAGGGCCAGAUUUGAACGUGUUCUGGGCAGCUGUGGAGAAAUUUUGAAGAGGAACAUAGAGCAGUACAAUUCUUUCAUAGCUCUUACUGUGUAGAUCUUAACAUCCACUACGUACAGAACCUAUGUAUGCAAUCAUGUAGGCUUGUUUGUGCAUAACUCUUUAGGCUCAUGUAUGCAACAACAUUAUGCCCCUGUUUAGGUGCUGAAGUAUGCUACCUUGUAGAGCCUGAGAAACAAUACAGAAACUUUGUUUUGGAGUGUGUACACUUAGGGUUGAUGGGUAGUCUUGAGUGCACAGAUUUUAUAUAACCUUUCACUGGUGAUGUGUACUGACUCCCUUUGGUAGUUCUUUUAUACCAUUGGUAAUAAGUACUGUAGCAUGUACCACAGAUACUAAGAACAAUUUUCUGCCACUGGUCUCAAAAGUAGCACCUUUUACAUCCUCAGAUAAUGGAAAAAAUAUUAUAUUUCAAAUGAUGUAUUACUAUUACCUACAGUAAUGUGUGUUUACAUUUCAGUGGAUACAGCAUUGUUACCUCUAGUAUUGGCACAUGAAACCAGUUGUGAGCUUAAACAACCAUAUAUUGUAUGAAAGAGCACAUAUUUUAUUGUUACUUUCUUCAGCAAGUUUCUUAUGCCAUUUUGGUGGGGGAAAGUUUACAAAUCCAUAAGUUCUUAAAUCACUGUAAAUGGAAGUAUUGUAACUUCUUAGGAGGAUCUUUGUGAUGGUACCAACCAAGGUAGAUAGAGUCUCCAGCUGAGCCUCAAACAACCAUCUCUUCUUGGUCAUGGGGGUGUUGUAAGCUGGCAGACACAGCUGCCUGUGGCAAGUAUGCAAAGAAUUUAUCUCUUGCUACUAUGGUGAAAUCAUCAGUUACUUUUGGUGACUGGUGUUGUAUCACUAAUGCUUUGUAUUACUCCUGUUCUAUUGGUCAUGGUUUUAGGGGCCAUUUUGAUAGCAAAAGAAAUAUGGUAUAUAAAGAUGCAAAUAUUUCAAUAUGAAUCUAUAUAUGUAAAUCAUAGAAUAAGGACUUGUUUUAUAUACAACAUUUCCAGCAUAUUUACUUAAACUUUAUGAAGACACUUUAAUUUGAUUUUCUUACCAACAUUAUGGCAGACUAAAUGUCUAUCAGGUUUUUUUUUUUUUUCAUCAUUAUUAAAUUGUUUUCAUUAUCAUUUUUCAUUAUGAAAUCAGCAUCUGCCAAAGGAUUUAAUCUUAUAGAACACAUAUAUCUAAUUUUUAAAGAAUUAUCCUUGAGUGUUGGGUGAAACUAUUAUCUAUUAUUCAUCUGCAGUAAUUACUCAUGGCUUAAUUCACAACAUUAAAGUAUACUUGGUUCAGACAGUACUUGAAUGGCCUAAGCUGUAGUAUGUGCUUCUUUGCAGUGGGUCUUAUUUUGGCCAGUUUAUGACUUUGCUCAGAAUACAAGACUAUUUUAAUAUAUAGUACUUCAUUGCAUCUGUAUUUUCUCAUUCAUUAAAUUUCAUACUCAUGUCCUCUUAUAGUUUUAUUUUUAGUAUGAAAAUAGGUAGAGGAACAAUAUAUACAUACAUUUGCUUAUGUGAUGUUGAAUAGGGAGGCUGUGAAGGUCAAACUCUUACCUAAACCAAAAGAAAGCACUCAUGCAUAUCUUAUGUUUGUUAUUUAAAGCACUGUAUGAACAGAUGUGUUGAAGCCAGUGGGAAGAAAAUGUUAACCAUUAAAGAGUGUGCCCUGGAGUAGAAAAUGUUUUUGCAUCAGUUUAUUUUUAACAUGGUGUAUGCUUAAACAGAGAUUAAUUUUUCUUUUUUCUUGUUCUUAUGAUAGUGCUCAGUUAAAGUCAUACAGAUGUCUUGUUCAUUAAUGUAUACAGAACAUCUAGUAUGCCUGUAUAUAUCUAAUAUGUAUUUCUUUUUCUGCAGUUUAUCAAAGGUUUCCACUUAUAUUAAACAUACCCAAGAUGGCCAAAAGGUCUUACUUAGUAGGCAUUCAGCUAAUAGAGCUGCACUAAGAGAAGCACUAGAAUCAUAACAGCAGGACUGCAGUGUGUUUUAUUAUUAUCCUUAUUAUUAUUAUUAUUAUUAUUAUUAUUAUUAUUAUUAUUAUUUAUUAUUAUUGUUGUUGUUAUUAUUAUUAUUAUUAUUAUUAUUAUUAUUAUUAUUAUUAUUAUUAUUAUUAUUAUUAUUAUUAUUAUUAUUAUUAUUAUUCACCAUAAAAGAUUUAAGAAUACCAUAAGGUAAAUUCACUGUACAGUCUGUAUCAACAUUUGUACGUUCUGCUUUACAGAAAAAUUAAUGUAUUGAAAUGCAGUAUUUUCUAAUGGGAAAUAUCUAGCAAGCCUUAGAAAGCUCCUGCAGUGUGACAGAUCUAAACUUUGUUGUAGUUUUGCAUUGAUAGUUCUUGUGUGAAUGAGAAUAAUGAGUAGAUGCAGAGUUCAUCACCAACAAGUGCAUGCUUGAUGUAGUGGCUUCUUUUCAAGCUUUUGGAUCAAGAUUCCUUUCACAUAACUUAGUCCCCUAUAACCAGUAAUAGAAGGAUAUUCUUAAAAAGAAUGAAAGAUUAGACCCAUAUCUUUAUAAUCUCUUCCUGAAUGUUUAUUUUAGCAUCUAUGAUCAUAAGCAGUUCAAUACACUUAGUCUGUCAAGCAAGUUAGGUGCAUAUUUCAUACCCACCACCAUGAUCUUCAAUGCAGUUGCACUAAAAGCUUGUAACAUUCAGUAACUGGUCAGAAUAAGUACCUGCUAUAAGAAAAACAAGACUAAUGCUACACAUAGAAAAUAUAGAAUAAAUUAUAUAAAUAUUUGAAGUAUUCACCCAAUAGAUGUGAUAUUUAAACAGAUGGUAAAAAUUAAAGAAUAUGUUUAUUUGUGAAGUACAUACUUUAUUUUGAGCUUCUUUUAAGUUCUUUAUUAUUAUUAUUAUUAUUAUUAUUAUUAUUAUUAUUAUUAUUAUUAUUAUUAUUAUUAUUAUUAUUAUUGUUAUAGAUUAACUGUGUGAAGUAUGAUAGCUUCUGCAAAGUAUUUCAGAUACAUAAAAAAUGUAAAAUAUCAUAUGGGAAUGUAUAAUAUUUCUAAGUUAAUUUCUCACAAGAGAAAAAUUAUUGUUACUGAUGAAAUAAAUUAAUGACAAUUGUGUGCUUUAGCUUACAGAAUGUAUUAGAGUUAGUGUAGCUGGAGGAUGCGAGGCCCCGCUAUGAGUGUACCCUCCCUGUGCCCCCUGCUGGGAAGGUGGGCAUGUAGAGUAGCUUCUGCUUGUGUCCUCAGCUCCAGGAGGGAGAGGGGAGGCUAAGGACAGUUAGUGUGUGUAUAUGUGUGUGUGUGAAAUGUGAAUGUAGUGACCAUGUAUGAGACCUCCUAUAGAUAGCAUAUUUUAUUGUAUUUGUUUUCAGCUAACCUUCACACUGUGGUGCCAUGAUGAUCAGCUCUCUCCCUCCUGGAGAUCUUGAGGCUGAUGUGAUUUUGAGGAUGUAGGUAUGCAGACUCCUUGUCUCAACUAGGAUAUUGGAUAUAUAAUGUUCACAUAACUUGGAUUACUGCACAUACUUUUAUUCUGAUUAUCACAUUUCACACUGCAAUAUAUCUAUAUAUCCUUUUUUUUUUCAUGUAUUGUUAUCUUGCUGUUUUUAGGAGUAUUUUGUAAAGUAAUAGCCAUAGCUGAAAAUUAACAUUUCCCUCUUUCUAAACAUUCCUUCCAUUAAUUUUUAAACCAUGAUCUUUGUACCUUCUGUCUCCUUUUCACAUGUAUUCAUGUUGUCCAUUCUUCCACCUCCCCCUCUUGCUCUCUCUCUCUCUCUCUCUCUCUCUCUCUCUCUCUCUCUCUCUCUCUCUCUCUCUCUCUCUCUCUCUCUCUCUCUCUCUCUCUCUCUCUCUCUCUCUCUCUCUCUCUCUCUCUCUCUCUCUCUCUCUCAUCAAAACUGUUUUCAUUUGUGAAAUUUAAGUUUUUUUCAAAUUUACAGAGAGGAAGGUGAUUUUGAUCCUAAUUCUAUAGGAAAGGAGAUUAUUGUUGCACAACCAAAAAAAUUAUACAAUAUAUUGUUUGUAGUUGGAGCAGUCACUUAAUACAAGCAUCAGGCAUGAAAAUAGAUCUUGAUUAUUAAAAUUAUACAAUAUUAAAGAAACUAUGUGUGUGUGUGUGUGUGUGUGUGUGUGUGUGUUUUGUCAAAUUCCCAUGGCCUCCCCUCCCUGACGCAGACCUUUAGAUGCCCCUUUCCUCCUGGCUGCUCCUGGUGAGUGGCUGGGUCUUCUGCAGCCAGUCAGUACAUGUGCAAGUUUUUAUGGGAUAAACUGCAGAUCACUCAUUUCUUUAAGGUGUGUAUUUGCAAUGUAAAAAUUCCAACAACUUCACUCUAUUUUUUCUUUUGAUUCAUCACUAGUGUUUGGAAUGUUUGUCUGUGAAUUAGUGGUGAGGUGCAUGCAGGUGGUGUGGCCUGUCAUGGUGCGCAGUCAGGUGUCCCUGGAGCUUUGUCAGCACUCAUUGUACAGCAGGGUUCAGUGUGCACAGUGCCUCUUGUCUCACAGAUCAAAGGAUAUUGCACAUUGAAAUUUUUAGUAUUUUUGUCAUGAUGUUGGAUAUGAAAUAUUUAAAAUAAUCCCAAAUAGUUUCCAAAGAAUAUACCUUAUGAAGAAAGUUUAUAUUCUAGAAAAUAUUUAUAAAAAGUUGGGUGGGGUAUCCCUUGCUUUCACUAAUUUCAGAUAACAUGAAAGCUUAAUUCUCAGCUUGUCAAGAAAUCUUGUCCUAGUAGAAGGAAAUACUAAUGAACUUUAUUUCUGAUCUUUGCUAAUAAAUGUUUGUACUAUAUUGUACAAAUAAUGUUUUUGGCUCUUGUACUUUAAGUACAUUGUAACUGGUUAUCAAGCAAAAAUUACAUGUGUUAAUUUGUGGUGUUGUGAUGGGUGAAUGUCUUGUAUAUACUACACAGGUUUUGUGAAUCUAGAGAAAGCUCAUUUUUUUGUAUGGAAUUUUUUUAUGUACUUUAUUUAUUUAGCUGUCAUUAUUACUUUACAGAAAUUUUUUUAAUUCCAGAAGUCAUGUUUGUUUCUGAAGAUGGAAUAUAAGUUAUAUGGUUUAUUAUAAUAAUUAUUAUUAUUAUUAUUAUUAUAAAAUAUCAUUGUAAUAAUCAGUUUAAUGUUAUAUUAUUUUACUUUUUAUAUGAAGAAAUUGCUUUUUUGAUCCUCACACAAAGUACACAUUCAAUAAUUUGUUUACCAAACAAAAGUAUGUUGCAGGCUGUUGAAUGUACAUUAUUAUUUUUUUAUUAUUUUUUUUUUUUAAGUAUAGUUCAUCAGGUUAAGUAACACAUAGAUAUUUAAGAAUCACAUUUUGGUAACAAUUACAUAUAUAAUGCCUGCUUAUAGGCAUAUAGAAGAGGAAUGGUAUUGGAUUGUAGUUUAUACCUUUCAGAUCAGCAAUUUUGAGUGAAGAGUGUUAUGCAAUUGCCUCAUAUAUAUAUAUAUAUAUAUAUAUAUAUAUAUAUAUAUAUAUAUAUAUAUAUAUAUAUAUAUAUAUAUAUAUAUAUAUAUAUAAUACACAUAUAUAUAAACACACACACACACACACUUAGUGCCAAAAGUACCAGUAAUUUGUUUUCAGCACCACAAAUUAUCAUAAAAUAAAAAAAAUAAAUAAAAAAAAUUUGCAAGUGCAUAGGUUAUUUUCUUCUCUGUAGGCUUUUGUGUCAUAAUUUAUGCUGCCAAAUAAAGUUUGAGAAAUUGUGAA